GGCUGAGCCGUGUCCUCUGGAGAGGGGGGAUGUCAGCAUCAAAAAGACGCAAAAGGGGGAGGUUUCCAAAAAUAAAACCCUCCAUCCCCUCCAGGCUCUGGCAGUGCCCGAGGCGGGCGCAAAGGUGCUCGGAGCCGCCUGCGGAACGCCAGAGCUCGCCGGCGGGACGGCCGCACUCCUCCUGCUCUUCCUCCUUCUGCGGGGCCGCUCGGCAUCCCCCGGCCCAGUCCCCGGCCCCGGCGGGCAGCAGGUGCUGGCGGAGCCCCGCGGGGAGAUGGGACAGUGAGGCGCGGCUCCGUCGGGCGGACCGGAGCGCAGCCCCCGGGGGGAUGCCCGCCCCGCGCCGCCGGCCCUCGCCCGCCCCGCGGGCUGAUAGCAUGCGGGGAGCAGCGGCCAGCGUCUUGCCCCUCACCUUCGCAAUCCUGCUGGGACUCGGAGACUGCCAGCGGGACCUGGCGGCGAGGCUGGAGCCCGGCGCCUCCCGCCGCGCCGAGCCCCGCCGGCUGCGGGGUCAGGCUGCGCCCCUGGGGGCGGCGGGCACCGCUCCCGGCCUGCCCCGGCCGCACAGAGCGCCCCCGGAGCCGGCCGCCCUACCCGCCGCCCUCCGCCCCGAGCGCGGCCCCGCGGAGAGCCCCAGCGACGGCCGCAGGCAGCGCCCCGAGCCCGGACUCGGCACCGCGCAGGGACUGGAGCCCUCCCGGCAGCGGCCCAGGAGCGCGCUCAAGGCGCGGGUCGUGCCGCGGGCGAAGGAGCCGAACGGCAGAGGGAGGAUCUCGGGGCCGAACGUCUGUGGGAGACAGUGCUGCUCAGGCUGGGCUGUGGCUCCUGGCACAAACCACUGCAUCAAACCUGUUUGUGACCCACCAUGCCAGAACAAGGGCUCCUGCAGCCGGCCCCACGUCUGUACCUGUCGCUCGGGCUUCCAGGGCCCCAGGUGCGAAGAAGUUGUCCCUGAGCAAGAGUACCACCCACCCAGCAUCGCCCUGCAGCCCCCUGCGGGCUCCCUGCAGAGGAGGACCGGCACAGCCGAGCGAGAUGCCUCCCCAAGAGAGGCUCAGGCACCUGUCCCACGGCAUGCACCCACCAGGACUCAGAGCAGAAUUGGCUCUCCUGUCUCCCCCCAGCACACAGGGCCAUCACGGACUGUCCGGCGCUACCCUGCCAGCAAUGGCCAGCUCACGUCUAACACGCUACCUAAUGGGCAUGGGCACGAGCAGGGCAGCUCUGGCCCACCUGCGGCUUUCCAGGAGCACACAUUGGCUGCAAAGGGGGCUAACCUGACAGAGAAGAUUAGGAAAAUAAAAAUCGUCUUCACACCCACCAUCUGCAAACAGACAUGCCGGAAUGGGCGCUGCUACAACAGCUGUGAGAAGGGAGACACCACCACUCUCUACAGCCAAGGGGGACAUGACCACGACCCCAAGUCUGGCUUCCGCAUCUACUUCUGCCAGAUCCCCUGCCUGAAUGGAGGACGCUGUGUUGGCCGUGAUGAGUGCUGGUGCCCUUCCAACUCCACGGGGAAGUUUUGCCACUUGCCGGCCCCCUCUCCAGAAAAGAAGCAAGGAGGGAAGGCACCAAACUCCGUAGCCAGUGGUUCUAUGAAGCACUCCACGUACACUCUGCCCUUGUCCAACCAGCUGGCUUCCCUGAACCCUUCCCUGGUGAAUGUCCACAUCAACCACCCUCCAGAAGCCACCGUGCAGAUUCAUCAGGUGGCCAGGGUGCGGGGUGACUCAGAGGUGUCAGAGGAGAACAGCGUGGAGGCAGUGCUGGUGCCUCAGAUGGCCGCGGUGCCCUGGUACACCUACACCAAUGGAAAUGGCAAUAGCAUCGCCACUGAGGGAGGCCAGCAGCAGAGAUCCCCAGGGUUGCUGGGGAGGUGCUUUCGGGAGGCUCUCCAUGGGCAGUGUGCCAACCCGCUGCCAGGGCUGACCCUGCUGGAGGACUGCUGUGGCAGCGUGGGGCUCUUCUGGGGGGUGGACAGGUGCCUGACCUGCCCCCCUCGGCCAGCGCACCCCAUCAUUGAGAAUGGACAGGUGGAGUGUCCCCAGGGAUACAAGAGGCUGAAUAGGAGUCACUGCCAAGUCCCUCAGCUCUACAUGACGAUGGCACCAUCCCUCUGCGUUCCUCUGUUGUUCGUGUUUAUUUGGCAUUCUUCGGCCUGCAGUGUUUGCAUUUUCCAUGCUCUGACUGAAGUGGAAUUUUUCGGUUCCCUUCCCAUGAUUCACGAUAUCAAUGAAUGCUUGAUGCAGGGCUUGUGCAAAGAUGCAAAGUGUUUGAAUACCCGUGGCAGCUUCCGCUGUACUUGCAGACCUGGCACCAUGAUGGACCCCUCCCGCAGCCACUGUAUCUCGGACAAAGCAGUGUCGAUGGAGCAGGGGCUAUGUUACCGCUCAGCAGCUGGAGGUGUGUGCUCCUUCCCCCUCUCUCACCGAAUCACUCAGCAGAUCUGCUGCUGCAGCCGCGUCGGCAAGGGCUGGGGCAAGAACUGUGAGGAAUGCCCCGUGCCUGGCUCAGGAGCGUUCAAGGAGAUCUGCCCAGCAGGACACGGCUAUACCUACUCCAGCUCUGACAUCCGCCUUUCCAUGAGGAAGGCAGAGGCAGAAGAGCUGCCCCUCAGCCUGGAAGAGCACAGCGAGAGCAGCAACUGGACAUUAGACUGGGCAGCAAGGAGACAGCGACUGCAGGACAGUUUGCGAGGGAGUGUCCUGGAGGCACUGCCCCGCCCUGACACCUCGGCAGGAGAGGGUGAAGUUUUUCCUGCUGGGCAGGAUGCUGCUGAUACCACCCCAGAGCCUGAGACGCACAGAGUGGAGGAAGAAGAGUCCCGGCGUGCUCCUCCCCAGCCUGGCCCUACCACUACCUGGGCUGAUGCUGCUCCAACGCAGAUACCUGCGCAGGGCUCAGGGGCCAAUGGCUGUGCCUCUUCGUCCCUUGCCUGUGGAGCUGGCGUGUGUGUGCUCACCCCGGAUGGAUACAGCUGCUCGUGCCACCUGGGCUAUACAUUGCACCCCAGCCGUCUGCACUGCAUCGAUGAAGAUGAGUGUCUGCAAGAUCCUUGCGCUGGAAAAGGUCACUGUGUCAACAGCGUGGGCUCCUAUUCAUGCCUCUGCUACUCUGGUUACUCCCUGGUUUUCUUGGAGACCAAGCAGAGCUGUCAGGAUCGAGACGAGUGUGAGCAGCCCUCUGCCUGCCCAGGACAGCGAUGUGUCAACACCCCUGGCUCCUACCACUGCGAGUGCAAGGAGGGCUUUGCCAUGGGCCUCCGAGGACAAUGUGAAGAUAUCAAUGAGUGCAUGGAUCCCAGCCCUUGUCCCCAUGGGAAGUGUGUCAAUACCCUGGGCUCCUACAGGUGUGUCAGCUGUGCGGAUGGGUACCAGCCCAGGAAUGGAAGAUGCAUUGAUGUGGACGAGUGCCUGAUGGAGGGAACUUGUGUUCAUGGACAAUGUGUCAACCUGGAUGGCUCUUUCCGAUGUUCCUGCUACCAGGGCUAUGAGGUGGCACCUGAUGGGAAGAGUUGUGAAGACAUUGAUGAGUGCACAGCCCAGGCUGCCUGUCCCUCCAGACUCUGCCUCAACACCGAGGGCUCCUACUCCUGCAUGGCUUGUGAUGCUGGCUACACCGUUUCUAGAGAUCGUAGCACGUGUGAAGACGUGGAUGAGUGUGCAGACCUUGCUAUUCAGUGCCUGGGGGGAGAGUGCCAGAACACGCUGGGCUCCUACGAGUGCCUCUGCCAGGUUGGCUUUGAGCUCAUCAACGGCACCAUGUGCCAAGAUGUGAAUGAGUGCCUGAACAGUGAGAUCUGCAGCCCCAAUGGCGAGUGCCUCAACAGCCAUGGAUCCUACUUCUGCAUCUGUGCACCUGGCUUCUCCAACUCGGCUGGAGGAGUCAACUGCCAAGAUGUGGAUGAAUGCACAGACAAAUCCCGGUGCUCACAAGGCCAGUGCCUGAACACAGAAGGCUCCUUCAGAUGCCUGUGUGAAAAUGGGUUCAAACACUCCCAGGAGACUGAUGACUGCAUAGAUGUGGAUGAAUGUAAGGAAUAUGGGGAUGCCAUCUGUGGCACGUGGCGGUGCCAGAACAGCCUGGGCUCCUACCGCUGUAUCAUGGGCUGCCAGCCUGGCUUCCACUGGACACCCCUCGGUGACUGCAUUGACAUAGAUGAGUGCGCCAAUGAGACGCUGUGCGGGAGCCAUGGCUUCUGUGAGAACUCAGAUGGCUCCUUCCGCUGUCUCUGCGACCGUGGCUAUGAGAGCUCGCCGUCUGGGCACUACUGUGUUGAUGUGAAUGAGUGUGAGCUGAUGGUGGCCGUGUGUGGGACUGCACUCUGCGAGAACGUGGAGGGAUCGUUCCUGUGCCUGUGCCCCAGCGACCAUGAGGAGUAUGACACGGAUGCAGGGCAGUGCCGGCCACGGGCAGCCGUGGAGGGGCCUGAGAGACACACAGCCCAAACUUCUGACAGCAUGGAGCGCAAGCAGUGCUACUACCACAUCAGUGAUGUUCGCCUGUGUGACAGUGUCCUGGCCAAGAACAUCACGAAGCAGGAGUGCUGUUGCACCGUGGGGGCAGCCUGGGGUGACAACUGUGAGACCUACCCCUGCCCCAUCUUGGGCACAGUGGAAUAUCAAGAGAUCUGCCCUCUUGGGAAGGGCUAUGUUCCUCAAGAAGAUCCACUCUCAGGAAAAAUCUCCUUCACAGACAUGGAUGAGUGUGAGACCUUUGGCUCUGAGUUCUGCCGCAAUGGACAGUGUUUGAACACAGUGCCAGGCUACAAGUGCUUCUGCCGUACAGGCUACUUCUACGACACCGGCAGGCUUGAGUGCAUUGAUCAGGAUGAGUGCCAGAACGAGGUGUACUGCAUCAAUGGCGAGUGCCUGAACACGGUUGGCUCCUACCACUGCUUCUGCAGCCUCCCGCUUGUGUUGGAUGCAACCGGCAACCGCUGUGUGAACCUCUCCGGCAGGGCAGAUGCCCUGGAGGAGUAUGAGAUCCAUCUGGAUGUCUGCUGGCAGACUGUCUCUGACUACAUCUGCCAAGACCUGCUGCACGGCGAGCAGACCACCUAUACCGAGUGUUGCUGCCGCCUUGGUGAAGCCUGGGGCCAGAACUGUGCCCUCUGUCCACACAGGUCCUCUGCUGAUUUUGCUUUCCUCUGUAACGGAGCCAGUGAAGACAGUGACAGAGGGGCUGAGGUCCAAGAAAGACCUAGGUAUGAGUAUGGACCAGGCUUGGAAGAUCCUCACUAUGGCCUUCCCAGCCCAGACAUGGGUCCCUACUACAACUACCUGGAGUCAGAGUAUGGAAAUCCUGACGUGGCUUUCCCUCGGAGAGAACUGAGCAGUGAGUUUCGUGGCGGCCCUUUCCACCACAGUCCAGGACAGCCCCCACCCCGCUACCUGCCCAGCCAACCUGGUCUGUACGAGGGCUUUGAGGGGCUGCAGGCUGAGGAGUGUGGCAUCCUCAAUGGCUGUGAGAAUGGACGUUGCGUGCGAGUCCCAGAGGGCUACACCUGUGACUGCUUCGAUGGCUUCCAGCUGGACAUGACCCUCAUGGCCUGCACUGACAUCAACGAGUGUGAGGAUGUGGAUGUACCGGUGCCCCUGUGCCAGGGCGGCACCUGUGAGAACACAGAGGGCUCCUACCGCUGCCGCUGCUUGCCAGGCUAUGUGGCACUGGCCCAGCCCCACCACUGUGUGCCCCAGACAGCCCAGAGCCCGGCGGCAGCAUAGCUCUAGGGGAGUGGCAGUGGGGGUGCUCCCCUCUGGUGGCAUGCUUCUCCGGGACCUGGUGGUGUGGAAAAGGGUCCCCGGGGCUGUGGCUGCUUCUAAGUCCUUUGUCCCUUCACCUCCAAAGCGCACAACUCCCCUGCCACCUUUUCCUGGCUGUGACUGCCAGGGCUGAGCUCCCAGCCUCUGUACCCCCAUCCUCACCUCCAGCCCCUGCUUCUGCCACAGCAGAGCCCUCCCCAGCCCAGCCCCCAGCACCUGCCUCAGUGCCACAUACCACGGGGGCUCGCAGGACAUCUUCUCCUGCCGUGCAGCCCCAGCUCCUCCCCACACCCUGCAGAGAGACUGGGUUCAUCUCCCCCUGGAGAGCAUCCUUGCUGCAGUGACCUAGCGGCAAGCCUCACCGCACCACGCAGCCUGCCCCAGGACAUAGCCCUUGGGGAACAACCCCGGCUCCCUAAAGCUGCUGCCCAACCUCAAGGUGUGGUGGAGAGGAUGGGGGUCCCACAGCUGGCUCACCCUGCAGCCGUCCCAGGCGCAUCUCUACGCCUGCGCUGCGCCUUCGUGCCCUGCACUGGCUGGGGGGAGUGUUUGGGGAGGGGGGGGGCAGUUCCAGCUUUGUUUCUGUAAAGUUGGUGACUUUUUUUAACCGAGUCUGCUGGAAACUUCUCUCAUGUUGUUAAAUAAAACAUUUAUUUUGGGCCCUGUGGCUCAUGACACUG